CUGUUUGCUAUCGAAUGAAUAUAAGUGCGACGUGUUGGCUUUUCGGAUACAGUACAUUCGCAUUUCAGUACUAUAUCCUCGGUUAGUGUCUUUGAUUAUACUUUGAGUGUCUGCUCCCAAACAACAGGAAUGGAUUAUCAUUUACAGUUGAACGACUAUGAAGCGAGGAGACAACCAAGCAAACAUGUUAAUUCACGAUCUUCUGGCCAAAAUAAUGGUUUUGGGAGCAGACACCCUCUGUCUUCAAGCAUUAAUCUUGGAGACAUUUUCCCAUGCAAUAAUCCAACCAAUCCAUCCUAUGAAAAUCGAUCAACAAGAUUGCAAUCAUUUAAAAACUGGCCAGGACAUAUACAAGCAACACCUGAACAACUCGCUGAAGCAGGCUUUUUUUAUUUAGAUGAUCGUGACCGCUGUAAAUGUUAUUAUUGCAAUGGCGGACUACAGAACUGGGAUUUUGAAGAUGAUCCAUGGACUGAACAUGCCAAAUAUUUUCCAAGAUGUGAAUUUUUGCUUCAACGAAAAGGCCCUGAAUAUGUUUCGAAUGUUAAUGCAAUAUAUCCUAAUCUACAACGUCCAGGAGAAGAAAACGUUGGCAUUGUCCAGCACCAAGUUGAAAGAAACAAUCAAACAGAAAUUCCCACUGGUGCUUCAUAUAAACAACAACCAGUAACUCCAGAAAGAAAUGAGAAUGAAUUAAUUGCAGAAGCAAUACAAUUUGGAUACAAUGAAGAGUUAAUAAGAAAUGUUAUAAAAAAGAAGAAAAAUUUAUCUCAAUCUUCAUAUGACGGUCUGGCUGCUUUAAUUGACGAUCUCAUCAAAGCUGAAGAAUCAGAGCAUUUGACAGAAACUAUGGAUUUUGAUUUAUCACCCCCCAUAUCAAUCACAGUUAGCGAUGGUCCUGUACAACAGGUAUGUGCAGACAAUUCAUCAAUUGACUUCAAUCUUCGUAGGCAAUUGGAAAGUAUAAUGGAUGAAUCAAUUUGCAAAAUCUGUUUUGAAAAUGAGAGAUCAUGCGUUUUUACAAACUGUGGGCAUUUAUGCUGCUGUUUUGAAUGUGGAAAAUUUGCUCAACAAUGCCCAAUUUGCAAUGCAAAAGUAACAGAACGAUUAAGAAUUUUUAAAACCUAAUUUCAAAUAAAUACUUAUUCUAAAUGGUAGAUGCAUAAAAGCAACUUUAUGCUAUAUACAAUCCGAACAAUAGCUACACAUCUUCAUCAUUGCUUAUCAUGAUAUCAAAAGAAUGUCUUUGGGAAAUAGAUAAAUUUAAUAAAAUUCUUAAUAGCAAUCACUACGUUUUCGAUUUAAAUUUAUACCCUUAUAUAUCAGGUACUCUUUAUUCAAUUAUCCCAAAUAUUCACAUAUACGAAAUUGAUAUUAUCACUGUGUAAAAUCACCUUAUAUCAUUUUCAAUAAAUUUCUUUCUAUAACA